AUGGGGUGUAUACGCCGUUGGGCACGCCGCAUAGAGCGCUCCUGUUGCACGUGUGCCAAGUACUUUCCGCUUGUCUUCGUCUACGGCCUGACCUCGUGGGCUGCUUAUGUGCUGGUGGUGCUCUGCUCGAGACCGUCGAAGGUGUCCUGGCUGGGGACCCCCGCAGGCACCUUUGGCGUUGCCCUCUACUUGCUCCUCAACUGGUGCUACACGACCGCCGUCUUCACACCCCCCGGCAGCACCACCAACGACCAUGGCUACAGCACGCUCCCGAUGCACGCCAUGCCGUCAGCCACAUCGUUCACCGCCAAGUCCAACGGCGAGCUGCGCUUCUGCAAAAAGUGCCAGGCCCGCAAGCCCGACCGCGCACACCACUGCUCGACCUGCCGCCGCUGCGUGCUCAAGAUGGACCACCACUGCCCGUGGCUGGCCACCUGCGUCGGCCUGCGCAACCACAAGGCCUUCUUGCUCUUCCUCAUCUAUACCUCCCUCUACUGCAUCUACUGCUUCGCCGCGUCCGGAGCCUGGGUGUGGGUCGAGAUCUUCGAGACCAACACAGGCCCCACAGAGAGCCUCAUGCCUGUUAACUACAUCAUGCUGAGCAUCGUCUCCGGCAUCAUCGGGAUCGUUAUCAGCGUCUUUUGCGGCUGGCACAUCUACCUCGCCUCCAAGGGCCAGACCACCAUCGAGUGCCUCGAAAAGACCCGCUACCUCUCCCCGCUACGCCGCUCCAUGCACCAGACCUACAUCAACCAACACACCCCAGGACAGGGCGUCAACCUGCCAUCAUACGGCCAGCAGCUCCUCGACCUCCACCAAAACGCCAUCCCAGGGGUCACUCGCCCCGAAGAAGGCGAGGAACUCCGCCCGGAACCCUCACAUACCCCGCGAACCCACGAUUUCGAGAUCGACAACGCACCAGGGGGCAGCACCGUCGGCCCCGCGCUCCAAGCCGGCUCGCGCCGCUUCACUCCGUCCGAAAUGGAACGCAACCGCGCCCGCCAGCGCUACGAGGAGUAUCUCGACGAGCAGGACUCGACGCGUUUGCCCAACGCCUUUGACCUUGGCGCGCGCCGUAACCUGUUGCAUCUGUUUGGGCACAACGCGUGGCUCUGGCCCGUCCCGAUCUGCACCACCACAGGCGACGGCUGGAGCUGGGAACCGAACCCGCGCUGGGUGGAAGCGCGCGAGCGGCUGGCGCGGGACCGUGCAGCGCAGGCUGAGAGGGAGAGGGCGGCGGGAUGGGGUGGAGGUGGGGAUGAUGAGGACGAGGACGAUGAUGUGCCCGAUAGCCAGGCUUUGUUGGGCGGUGGUAGCGGCGUUCGUGGGGGGGCCGGUCGACACUAUCUACAGUCACAACCGCCUCGUUCGGUCCCACUGAACCGUACCUCGUCCCCGCUGGGUUCGUCUGGUCUAGCGGGGAGUGGUGGGACUGGUGCUGGACGGAGGGCACCGAGCAAGGCAGACCGGAUUCUGGGGCGGGAUCCGAAUACGUAUUCGGAUAGUCGACCUGGUGGGGGGAGUGGUGCUGGGGAAUCGGUAUCGCUGAGGAGGUUGAAUCCGGCGACAGGGAAGACGAUUGAGGAGGAGUUGGAGGAGAUUGAUCGGGAGGAGGAAGAGGAGGAGGAGGAACGGGCGCGGUUGGCGUCGGUAUCGAAAGCACAAUCACAGCCGCCAUUACAGCCUCAACAGCGACAACAACAACAAUCCCAACAACAAAAGCCGCCCCAAACUCAAUCCCAAUCCCAACAACAACCAACUCCACCUAAAGCGAAAACAACACAACCCUCACAACAACAACAACAACAACAACAACAACAACAACAACAACAACAACGUCAACCCCCCCUCCACCGCACAACCAACCUAAAUCUAUCCGUCACUUCCAACCCCCGCUGGGGCCGCUCUCCUAGUCCCGGAUCGGCCGCAAGCGCCUUGUUACGCGGGCCUGUGUCGCCUGCUUUGUCGUCGCCUGGUGGGGUGCGGUCGCCUGUUGUGGGUGCUGUGGGGGCUGGGAAUGUGGUGAGGGGGAAGAGUCCUGCUAGGGAUGGGAAGGGGGUGGAUAGUAAUGGGGGGGAUGAGGAGGAGGAGGAGGGUGAGGAGGAUGGGGAUGAGAGCGAGGAGGAGGGGGAGGAUGAUGAUGAAGAUGAGGAGGAUGAGGAUGGGGUUGAUUGA